CCUGCAAUGUGUUAUUUCUGUCAUGCAUUACUAUUUUUGGUUUAUGUGUAAACGUACUAUUGAUAUAUGAUGUGUGCACUAAUUCACUUUAAAAAUGAUACUGCUAUUCUUGCCAUCACCGCUGAAGUGUGAAAGCCCAAUAUCAUCUACUUCAGAUCAGAAAAUAUCAGAACAUUAACACAGUAGUUCCCCUGAAAGCCGCUGUAUUGUUCGCAUUUAUUCACAAAUAUCCCGAUUCACAAUUAUCACAAUAUUGUGUUUAUCAGUAUCGUGAUAAUACUGUAUAUUGCCCCACCCCUACUUGUAUGAGAAUCAGAAUCAGAAAUACUUUAUUGAUCCCUUGGGGGGAAUUUUGUUCGUAACAGCUGCUCAAGGUGCUCACACAACAUUAAAGAAUACAAAUAAUAAUCAUAUUACAGUAUCUAACACUAUAUCUCUUCGGUAUAUGCAUAUAAAAUAAAAAUAGUAAAAAUAUAAUAAUGAGAAAUACAAAUAUAGUAGCAGUGAGUACUGAUAAUGUUAAUAUGCUGACACCCUUAAACAUUAUUCAGUAUUAGUGACAAUAAGGUGAUACACUAAGUCACCAGAGAUGCUUUAAAGCCCCAUAAAAACAAACAUAAACAUUAUAUACAGUCAAUAAUUAUUACCCCUAUUACCCCUCAACGUCGAAUCAGAAACCAACUUCCGCCUCGCUCCGCACUCACCCACUGCGGUCACCUCGUUCAGCUGAAGACGGAAAUACACGAGAGUUUAACGAGCUAAGCUAAGCUACGUAAACACUCCGGUUCAAAGAUGCUCUCUCGGUUGUUAUUCAGCCUCAUCAACAACCUCCAUAUCGUGGAGAAGUUGGCAGAAUCCCGUCCGAUUCGCAGGGCGGCCCAGAUCACCGCCUACACCAUUACCAAGGCUCAGAUAGCCGGUCGGGACGCUUCGGAGCGGGUCCUGCGGUCCCAGACGCUGCGGCAGGUCCGGGAGGAGGCCGGCAGAGUGCCCGGUGACCUCGGGGAGAUUGGCGGCCGCCUCCGGAGAGUCCGAGAGACUUUUGUGAAUGAAGUGAAGGAGGGAUGGAAGGACGGCUCCAGAAAGAUAAAGAAAUAAAGAGACUGGGGAUCUAACUGUGGUGCUGGUUAUUGAGACACUUCAGGGAUUACUAAGUGAUGGACAGUCUGCCUCAGCAGUGUCGGUGGUCACCAUCACCAUCAGACAGAGCUGGACACUGAUCACACGGUGGUUAAUCAUAUAAUAUAUAUAUAUAUACAUUCACUGUACUGUCACAUUUCUGAGGACACACACAAAUAUUGAGUCCUUCAGAAAGGUGGGAACAUUUUAAGUGGAUUUUUUGCUCUAGUAAUUUAAAUUAAAGACCUUUUUUAAAAAAAAAAAACAACACACUACUGGAGCUGCCUUUUUAUUGUUCUCUUCACAUUAAUCUAUGAUACAGAGCAAUACACAGGUAGUUCAACUAAUGAUGACCUGAUAAGUGUUGUUUGUUUGUUGGUUCCCAUUUUACUCCGCCGAUGUGCAAUCGUGCACUUAUGACACCAAAUCCUGCCAAAAAGCUUCUGUAGAUCUGUACACAAAGUUGUCUAAAUACUUCUAUUAGUCUGCAGUGUACAUAUAUAUGAAGGGAGAUGUCGGGUGUAUCAGUGUUCUGAUUGUAUAAAUAAAGAUUAUUAUUUAUAA